AUGUUCCAUGGCGGCAGGCCGUUGUCCCUCAGGGGGUCUCUCAAGGCCCUUGAAGCUGAUAUCCACCAUGCCAACACCCUAGCGCAUGCUAUACACAGGGCGUAUGGGGGUGCCUGCGUGCAGAUGAGGUUGUCCUACAGCUCCAUGGCUCCAAUCAUCCUCAACCUUAUCCAGUGGAUGGAUUGCAGCUGCUCCUUGUCAUACACUCUCCCUAGUUACCUUGGCCUGCUCGAGGUUCUUGUCUACAAGGUUUAUGUUGAUGAAGAUGCCUCUAUAUCCACCAUAGAAAGGCGAGCAAGCCUGAAGGAAUUCUAUGCUAUCAUAUACCCGUUCUUACAACAGCUUGAGGGCAACUUGAUGGACAAGGACUGCAAGGAGAAAGGGUGGUGCACGGAGUCCGGCGGCGGCCGGAAGCUUGUUGCCGAUGAUGACAGGGAGGAUGAGUGUGGCAUUUGCUUGGAGACCUGCACCAAGAUGGUCCUUCCAAAUUGCAACCAUGCCAUGUGCAUCAACUGUUACCGAGACUGGUACACAAGAUCCCAGUCAUGCCCAUUCUGCCGUGGAAGCCUCAAGAGAGUUCAGUCCCGAGACCUCUGGGUGCUCACCGGCGACGAUGAUGUGAUCGACACGGUGACCUUGGAGAAGGAGAACGUGAAGCACUUCCUCAGCUUCAUCGAUAGCCUGCCUCUAAUAGUCCCUGACAACAUGUUAUUGGUCUACUACGACUACCUAGUCUAACAAAGCUCCCCUCUGAAACUCUGGAAGAGGAGAGAGAUCUGGGUAGAAGCGGUGUACAAGCAGGCAAGGGUUUCCGGCAGCCGACCAUCCUCUGCGGAUCGAGUUGGCAAGCGAAGCCGUUGCUGAAGAAACUCUCCGUGGUGUGCCACGCCGGUCCACUGGCCUUGCGUGAUGGCAUUGUUCGUUGUAAUAAUUGUAAAGAAGAAAAAUGUCUCGAUUUUUACUAGCUUGACAUUUCUCCUCCGGCAAAUUGCCGGAUCAUUCAGAAUGAAGAGAAUGGGGCCUGGAUGUUUCAUGA